AUGCUGGCCCUGCGGCUGCUCAACGUGGUGGCCCCCGCCUACUUCCUUUGCAUUUCCCUGGUGACCUUCGUACUGCAGCUCUUCCUCUUCCUGCCCAGCAUGCGUGAGGACCCCACAGCCACCCCGCUCUUCUCGCCUGCCUUGCUUCACGGGGCACUCUUCCUGUUUCUCUCAGCCAAUGCCCUGGGCAAUUACGUCCUGGUCAUCCAGAACUCCCCAGACGACCUGGGUACCUGCCAGGCAACCUCAUCCCAGCGAUCUCAGUGCCCACCGCCGAGCACCCACUUCUGCCGAGUGUGCUCCCGAGUCACGCUGAGGCACGACCAUCACUGUUUUUUCACCGGCAACUGCAUCGGCAGCAGGAACAUGCGCAACUUCGUCCUGUUCUGCCUGUACACUUCACUGGCCUGUCUUUACUCCAUGGUGGCCGGCGUGGCCUACAUCUCAGCUGUCCUUUCCAUCUCCUUCUCCCAUCCCCUGGCCUUCCUCACGCUCCUGCCCACUUCAAUCAGCCAGUUCUUCUCCGGAGCUGUCCUCGGUUCUGAUAUGUUCGUCAUCCUCAUGCUCUACCUCUGGUUUGCUGUCGGCCUGGCCUGUGCAGGCUUCUGCUGCCACCAGCUGCUGUUGAUCCUCCGGGGGCAGACCCGCUACCAGGUUCGAAAAGGGGUAGCAGUGAGAGCCCGGCCCUGGCGCAAGAACUUACAGGAGGUCUUCGGAAAGAGGUGGCUUCUGGGCUUGCUGGUCCCCAUGUUCAAUGUCGGGACUGAAAGCUCCAAGCAGCAGGACAAAUAG